UCCUUUUCUAUUGUUUUGGUUUUCAACAUCUAACAUAGUACAGACAAAUACCUAAUUCUCUUACCUAUAAUUACUACAUUAAAUAGCCUUAUACAAUUUUUGUCGAAACUCAUCAACAGGCCGAAGGAAGCUCCAAUUUUUCUACUUUGAUCUGUUGCAUAAAUCAUAGUGUCUCUCAACUUCAAAUUGGCUUAUCGUUGGACAUGAUCUAUGUUCAAUGAUGAUGAACUGUUGGCCUUCAAAAAGAUGCAUGAAUUUUCCACAGUGGACGGCUUUGUAGAGAUAACUGAAUCCUUGGCGGAGAUGAUAAAUUUCAUUGCAAAUGAGCCCUCUGUGGGGCUUUUCUAUAUUCAACAGCAUACCGAGAAAGCAGCUCCCAACCUUGUAAAGCUUAAAAACAAUACCGAAUUGAAAUCCCGCGAAAUGGCUCUCCACUCAGAAGAUUCAGAGGAUUCCAUCACCGUGAUCAGGUCGAUGAAAGAGUGUGGUGUUCCAAUUGCUAACGAUAUGAUCAAAGAUCUCAGACAUACUCUGGCUGUCAUUUCAAAGAAACAACCAAAAAAAGGAUUGAUUAGCAGACCCAGUUCAAGUUUCCCAAUUGGUAUAACUACCUCUUGGAGUCCUUCCACCUGGGUUCGCAAUACAGGUUCAGAAGAGGAUGAUGAAAGGACAGCUGGAUAUCUCUCAAACGUUUUUAAGUCCGCAAAACAAAAGGCUAGUAACUUUAAGUGGCCUCAGUUAGAGACUGGAGAAUCUCAACUAGCCAAGAGUGAACCAUCUUCCUCGGACAAGGAUGAACUAUCUUUGACCUGUAGUAAUGAUGCACUAUUAGCUGCAGAUGUGAGCUCUUCUUCCUCAAUUGGACGGGCUAAUAGUGAAGACUUAGCAUUGUCAAGUCAAACCGUAAAUGAGCUACAACAAGAACAGGUAAACAAAAGCAUGUCCUAUGAUCAACUGCUGUCUUUAUCCGAUAACUUUGAUGAAUUUAAAGCUGAUAAAGAAGUGAAAUUAGAAGAGUGGUUGGGAGGGACAUUGAAAUCAUAAUGCUGGUCCGGAGAAUAAGGAACGCUGAAGUCCUUUAGCUCGAUUGUACUCUUUAACCUCGACGAUACUUUUCUUAUGGAGGACUCUCCUCCUGUAUCAUGAUUCAUAUACUUUGUUAUACUAGAUGAAAAAUGUAAAAGUGAGAGCUCAAAGUAGUCAGGAAAGAGAAGAAAAAGGGAUCUUGAAUUUAUGACCAUUCUAGUUGUGUUUGUAAAAGUGGAGCAUUGUUCGUUUUUGAGCAACAGUAAAGUUGUCUCCGUGUGACUUAUAAGUUGCUCUGGAUAGGCUGGCUACAUUACGGGGUACUCAGUGCACCGGACUGCCUUUUCCUCUUUUCCGCCCUAGUUGUGUUUGUCCAUUGAGGAAUGUAUUGUUUGUAGACUGCUUUAGCUGAUUCUUAUGUUGUGUUCUAAAUACUCAGCUUCAUGGUUCAAAUAUGAAACCAUGUACCUAAGGGUCGUUUGGUUCAUAUACUAGUUAUGCAGAUAUUCAAACGAAUGGAUUGUUUUGCGAGGA